AAGAAGAAGACACUCGAGCUCCUGCAGACUGUUGUUUAGAUGAAACUGAUGAAUUUAUCUCAAUGAAUCGUCAAAUAAUACUUUUUUAAACAUUAGUUCACAUGUUAACGCGUCUUUGAGCUUUAACAACUCACCGACCGAGCGUGUGUGAAUGAAUGAAGACAGUUUGAACAUCUGAUUCACAUUGAACACACACGAUUAGAGCUGAUAAUGUUCACAGAUAUGGACUAUGAGCUGCAGGAGGACAAACUUGGUAUUCCUACAGUUCCUGGAACAGUGACUCUGAAGAAAGAUGCACAGAACCUGAUUGGGAUCAGUAUUGGGGGCGGAGCUCAGUUCUGUCCAUGUCUCUACAUCGUGCAGGUGUUUGAUAACACUCCAGCAGCUCUUGAUGGCACACUGGCAGCAGGCGAUGAGAUCACUGGAGUCAACAAUAAACCAGUGAAAGGAAAAACUAAAGUUGAAGUGGCCAAGAUGAUCCAGGCAGUGCAGAGUGAAGUUGUGAUCCAGUAUAAUAAACUGCAGGCCGACCCAAAGCAGGGCAAAUCUCUGGACAUCGUUCUGAAGAAGGUGAAGCAUCGUCUGGUGGAGAACAUGAGUUCAGGAACAGCAGACGCUCUGGGACUCAGUAGAGCCAUUCUGUGCAAUGAUGGUCUGGUGAAGAGACUGGAGGAACUGGAGAAAACUGGAGAACUUUAUAAAGGACUGAUGGAACACACGAAACAGCUGCUCCGAUCUUUCUAUGAACUCUCUCAAACUCACAGAGCGUUUGGCGACGUGUUCUCUGUCAUCGGUGUUCGCGAGCCGCAAGCUUCCGCCAGUGAAGCUUUCGUGAAGUUUGCAGAAGCUCAUCGAAACAUGGAGAAAUUCGGCAUUCAGCUGCUGAAGACCAUCAAACCUAUGCUGCAUGAUUUAAACACGUAUCUGCACAAAGCCAUUCCAGACACCAAACUCACCAUCCGCAAAUACCUGGACGUCAAGUUUGAGUAUCUGUCAUACUGUCUGAAGGUGAAGGAGAUGGAUGAUGAAGAGUACAGCUGUAUCGCAUUGGGCGACCCGUUGUACCGCGUUAGCACCGGUAACUAUGAGUACCGCUUGAUUCUGCGCUGUCGACAGGAAGCUCGCGUGCGCUUCGCUAAAAUGCGCAAAGACGUUCUGGAGAAAAUCGAACUGUUGGACCAGAAACACGUUCAGGAUAUUGUAUUCCAGCUGCAGCGCUUCGUUUCUGGUAUGUCUCAUUACUAUGACGACUGUUACGCCGUCCUGAAGGAGGCGGACGUGUUCCCGAUCGAGGUGGAUCUGUCCAGAACCAUGUUGAACUACAGCGGACAGAACCUGUCGUAUGAGGACGAGGAGGAGGAGAGCAGAGAAGAAGAGUCCAGCCAGACGGAGAACGGAGCGGAGAAACUCAUCGACGAUGAAUGAGCGAAUGACUCCGUUAAUGAAUCAGCCACUGAUUCACUCAGUGAAUGAAUGAGGGAAAUGUGUUUAAAUGAAGAUUUCAUGUUAAAUAUCGAGUUAAAAUUAGUCGUUUGUUUUCAUUAAAGCUUGAUUUCUAAAUUCCGUUCUACCAAAGCAAAGCACCUAUUUAACUACUGAACGUUAUAAGUUGAUUUAUUUCUCUAACGAUGAACUGUCCUGUUCAAAACACUGACAACCAAUCACGAUCUCAGACACCGGUCAAUCGGAGAGCAUCUUUUGCUUGUCAUGGUAACACUGUUGGAUUAAUAUGGUUUUUACUGUUACUGUGGUGACACUGCUGCAGGCGAUUGAUUUUAGAAGAUUGACGCAGCAAACACAAUCUUUGCGUUAUUUUGUUUGCAUUUAAAACAUUUCAAUUGAAGGAACCUAAAAACGAACGCAUUAAUGAAGCGGACUGGCCAAUCACACUGGCCGCCUUCACAUGUUUUUGCAUAACUUUUGCUUUACUGCUUUUUUGCCACUGAUACACUGGAUGAACUCUAUUGAUCUGAAUAUUUCUGUUUUGUUUGUCAUGUUUGCUUUGAGUGUUUGGGGAAGUAUAAUCUAUUGUGGUAUUUUCUGGAUAAGUUUAAGUUGUGGGUCAUUUUGAGAGAGCUGUGAAAAUGGGUUGAUGUACUCCUAAGAUUUAAAUAUGUUGAAGGGAAGAAAAACUUUUAUUAUUUAAACUAAAAGGCUUUGUAAAGAGGAAAUGCUUGUAAAAUGUGUUUUGUGUGAGUGAAAAUAUAAAUCUGACAUUGAGAAAUGA